AUGGCUGCUGCUGAGGGCACCUUUGACUACAUUAUAGUAGGCGGCGGCAUUGCCGGCUGUACGCUCGCCUCUCUCCUGUCAAAAUCAAAAUCAACGCCUUCGGUGCUGUUGAUUGAAGCUGGCGCUGAUGUGUCGGCUCAUCCACUAACCCAGGCUCCCUUGGCCUGCUUUGGUGCACACGGAUCGGACAUUGACUGGAACUAUAAGACCGUGCCUCAACCGCACCUCAACGAUCGGUCUCUAUAUGAAGCCGGUGGGAAGGCUCUGGGUGGCGGUAGCGCAACCAACUAUGCCACCUGGACUCGUGGAUCGAAAGUCGACUACGACCGCUGGGGUAAACUGGUGGGAGACGCAAGAUGGAGUUAUGAUGGCCUCUUGCCUUAUUUCGAGAGGACCGAAAAGGACCAUAUCUCGGUUGUGACGGUGUCGAAGAGCAGCCCUAACCGCAAGUAUCCCUUGAGAGACGAAGUCUUGAAAGCAUGGCUUGACCUCGGACUGGACAAAAUCGAGAACGCCAACAGCGGCAAUCCCCUAGGUGUCGGCGAGUUGAUUGAGAACUGGAAGGACGGGAAAAGGCAGCUGACGAGCUCAGCAUUCGACUUGAGAGACACCAAAGUCAUGACGGAAACAGCGGCGCAGAGGGUCCUUCUUGAGGAAAGACAAGGAAUGCUUACCGCGACAGGAGUCCAACUUCACGACGGGAGACAUUUUCUGGCAUCAAAAGAGGUCAUCCUCUCGGCAGGGGCUUUUCGCACGCCACAGCUCCUCAUGUUGAGUGGGAUUGGUUCAGCUGCAGAAUUGAAGAAAGUAACCAUUCCACCACAACUCGACUUGCCUGGGGUUGGCCAGAACUUCCACGAUCACCUCCUUGUCGGCUUUGCUUUUCGACUCAAAGACCCUUCGUUGGGUCUUGCCAUGGGAGGAGCAGCUGGUCCUUGGGGGGACCCAGUAUACCAAUUUGGCCUUCCAGGGGACUGGAUCGUGACUGAGAACGUCCCAAGGCCCAUCUUGGAGGAGGCUGUGAAGAAAGACACGGCCGGCGAUCCCUCUCGGGGUGAAGACGAGUAUGCCGUGUCUCUUCUCGAUCCUCGGUCAGCGCACCUUGAAUCAAUCAUAAUAUACGCCCCUGGCGGCCAACCUAUCACCAACCUGCAUGUUCCAUUCGACGGAACACAUAUGGGCGCCGUGCUUGGGGCUAUGUCUCCCACGUCCCGUGGCUGGAUCAGCAUAUCUUCGGCCUCAGCGUUAGACCCUCCGGUCAUCGAUCCUAACUACAACGCAACCAAUGUCGACCGCACUAUCAUGCGUUAUGGUAUUCGCCGCUUGCUCAAAGCCGUCAGCUCCAUGUCCGACAUGAUCGAGUCCGAGACCCCUCCGCCUCCGCUCGAAGCUUUGACCUCUGAGUCUUCUGAUGCAGCAAUUGACGCUCGGGUGCGAUCCGAAGCUCGCACUUUCUUCCAUGCUGCGGGGACAGCCAGCAUGGGCUCUGUAGUGGAUACCGAGCUGCGAGUCAAGGGCGUCAGCGGUUUGCGAGUCGUGGAUGCAAGCGUGAUUCCGCUGCCAAUUUGUGGACACCUUCAGGUCGCGACCUAUGCCAUUGCUGCCCAAGCCGCGGAUUUGAUCACGCAAGAAAAAUAA